ACGGUGUUUCAAAGCAAGUUCCAGUGGAUAAGCUAAAUUUUGGGCUAUGCUAUGAUGAAGAGAUAUCACAUCCAAUGAUGAAAAAAUAUAUUAGCGCUAUGCUUAUUGGCGCAAAAUUAUUUCGGUCUAGAAUUUAUAAGUAUGACUUGACAAUUGAAUAA